UGAUGUCAAUAAAUAGCGUUCACACAAUACGUUUUUGAGAUUUUAAGUUAUUUGAGUUAACUUAUCACAAUGUUAUUACAUUUAAUUUAUUUUUUAUUUAUCUGUGUGUAUACCAAUGCACAAAUUAUUGUUGAUACACCAAAUGGUCAAGUUCAAGGAAGUGAGGAAGCUGGUACUCAGGGUAAAUCAUUCUAUAGGUUUCAACAAAUACCGUUCGCUAAACCUCCAACGGGAUCGUUGAGAUUUAGGGAACCACAACCAGUCGAUAAAUGGGAGGGUGUCUUUGACGCUACUCGUAAUGACAAAGUUUGUUACCAACAAAUUGCCGACCCAGUUUCGGGAGAAAAUGAAGAUUGUUUAUUUGUCAACGUUUACACACCGCUGUAUCCAUUGCCAAACCAAGGAUUGCCAGUUAUGGUCUGGUUUUACGGAGGGGGAUUUAUUGGCGGUACCGCUAACUUUUACACUUACGGGCCUCAUUAUUAUAUGGAACAAGGCAUUAUUGUUGUAACAGUUUCAUACAGAAUUGGUAUAUUAGGAUUUCUUUCUACUGGAGAUACGGUUAUACCAGGAAACUACGGUUUGAAAGACCAACAGCUUGCUUUGAAGUGGGUUCAACAAAAUAUUCAAUCCUUUGGAGGAGACCCAGAUAAAGUGACGAUAUUUGGACAAAGCGCAGGAGGAGCGUCCGUGACUCAUCAUCUGCUAAAUCAAAAAUCGACAGGUUUAUUUAGAGCUGCAAUAUCACAAAGUGGAUCUGCACUUUGUCCAUGGGGAUAUCAAUGGAAACACAAAGCUAUCGCUUACAAGAUAGCAUCAAUCAUAGAUCCAAAUUUCAACCCAAAUUCAACUUCUGAGGAAUUGAUGAGUUUUUUGCAAAGUGUUGCCCCGGAGAACCUAGUAAAUGCAUCUCUUACACUUCUAGACGUCUGGGAUAAAAACGACCCCAUUACCGGAUUUCUUUUCACGCCAGUCCUUGAACAAGAACAUGAGACUGCCUUCUUAACGGAAAGGAUGUAUACCAUAAUUGAAAGUGGUAACGCACAGCGAGUUCCUCUGAUCAUGGGAAUCAAUUCAGAAGAGAUGCUUUGGAAUGGAAUGGAUCCUGAGAGUAUGUAUCGGACCGCUGUUGGGCUAGACAAUGACCUGACCAAGCUGGUCGAAGAAGAUAUGCAGAUACAUGAUGCAAACCAAAAACAAAUUGUAGGUGCUGAGGUUAAAAAGGUUUAUACAAAUGGACAAUUCCAAGAUCAUCUCGGAGAUGCCGUUGAAUUUUUCAGCGAUACUUCAUUUGGAAGACCUAUUAUUCAACAUGCCAAGCUACAAUCCCAGUUUAGUGACGUAUAUUUUUACCACUUUUCCUACCAAGGAACUAUCCCAGGGGUUCGUCCAUACUACGAAGGAGCAUAUAAAGUAGCACAUGGUGAUGAACUUCAAUACGAAUGGGUAACUGGUAAUAACACGAAUUUGAAUACCUUUCCACCAGGAGAUGUUUUAACAAGCCAAAGAUACCGAAUCCUACUUAGUAAUUUUGCCAAAAACUUGAACCCAACAUCUGAAUCUACUGACAUUUUGGGAAUAACCUACUGGCCAACCCUUAAACCAAACAACUUCCAAUAUUUGGACCUCAACGAAACCCUGACUAUAAAGACUGAUCUUAAAAAACAGAGGCAAGACGGUUGGGUCGAUAUUUAUAACAGAUAUGCUCAGAAACCAUACACCACUUUUUAAAAUUUUAUACUAAAUAAAAAAAUACAAUCAGAAA